UGCCCAUCACGUGGCCCCUGAGGAAAAAGGGGUGAUUUUUGGUGUAAAUCUAGACUGUAAUUCUGUAAUAUAUCAUUGGACCUCGUAAAACCGACACUAAAACUUCUUGGCAUAUAAAUCACUUAUCAAAUUAUGAGUUCAUUGUAUUACGCGAACGCGUUGUUUUCCAAAUACCAAGUGGCGAGUUCAGCCUUCUCUAGUGGCGUGUUUCCCGAGCAAACUUCUUGCGCCUUUUCGUGCAGUUCGCAACGGGCCAGCGGCUACGGCUCGGCUUCUUCCGGUGCAACGGUCUCCUCCACAUCUUCUGUCUCCCUGUCGAGCAUGUACACUAACGGUGGUAGUCUUUCCAGCCAGACUCAAGGCAUGUACCCCACUGCGUAUGAGCUGGGAGCUGUCUCUUUGAACAUGCACAGCUCUCUGUUUGACCAUCCGAAUCUACCCAUGGUGAGCGCUGGCGAUCUCUGUAAAGCGCAAAGCAGUGGUAAGGAAGAGCAGAGGGGCUACCAUCAAAACAACGAAAACAACCUCCGUAUCUAUCCGUGGAUGAGGAGCACAGGUGCUGACCGGAAAAGAGGCCGUCAGACAUAUUCCCGCUAUCAAACUUUAGAGUUGGAGAAAGAAUUCCACUUCAACCGUUACCUUUCACGACGGCGGCGUAUAGAGAUUGCACACGCCCUGUGCUUGACCGAACGCCAGAUUAAAAUCUGGUUUCAAAACAGAAGGAUGAAAUGGAAGAAAGAGAACAAAUCAACGGGCCGCAGCUCUCCUGCUGCUGACCAAAUCGGGGGUGACGACGAAGAGGAAGAUGAGUAGCGACGCAAGUGACAUAAAAAUAGACUGUUAUAUACUAUCGAUUCUGCUUUCAUUCAGGAUUCACUGAGAUGAAAAAAAAAGUUGCUACUUACAAUACUGUGGGCAAAGUAUCAACGUCGUUUACCUUGUGUUAGAGGAGUUAAUGUCUAGACUCGUAAAUAUAGUAAUACAAGUAAUUUUAAAACACACUUUAAUAUAGAUGUAUACAUUUAACACUCAUACUGUAUAAUAGCCUAAAUUAUAUAUAUAGGCUUAAUACUAGUGUUAAUAAUACUAUAUCAUAUGUUUCAUAUAUUUGUGACAUAUUUGUGGCCUGUUAAGUUCGACCUGCGGGGUAAAACACAGAAGGGAGCAAGCUAUUUUUUUUUUCUUUCUAAAUUUGGUAUACCCCUGUUGUGUAUCUAUGUGUAAAUUUUUGUAUGUAUAAGCAUUUUCCCUGUUCAUAGGCUAAGUGUUAAAAUAAACGAAUUCUGUACUGCUGACUGCAA